GUCUUCAUAGCAGGACAGGCAAUCUUGGGUGGUGUUGAGCCAAGCAUGGCUGAGCGUGCUGCCAUAUUCGCGUGCCGGAUUUUCAUCUACCUCGGGAGUAUGUGCCGCAUUCUGUACUGCCAGAUCAAGCUGUUAUACGAUGACAUCAAGAAUGGAGCAAUUGUCCGGACCUACAAAGUCCCGUUGCCCCAGUACCUCUUCAACUUCCAAGACAGCGGAAGCCUGCUACUCAUGUGGAUAUUGGUGUUGAUGUUGAUCCAGGAGCCAAUUCUUCACUGCCUGGCCUAUUCCGAACAAUUUGCUCUGUUUGCCACAAGUUGUAUGGAUCCCGGGCCAAAGGAGGCAUACGCUGUCUUCUCUGGCUUUGCCAUGCUGUUGUACUGGCUUCUGCUCGUGAACUUGAGCAUUUUCUCAAUGAAAAUCUCAGCCUUUGUUCUUGUUUGUGGUCGUGUGAUGGUCGAGGUUUGUCUCUUUUUGAUGGCCUUCCUUUUCCUGAUCGUUGCCUUUGCCACCGCCAUCACUGCAUUUCAUCACAGCCUAUACGAGUUUAGCUCUGUGGACAAGGGCAUGAAAACUCUGUUAGACAUCGCGCUGGGCAUGUACCCAACCGAGAACUACAAGAUCAUGAUGAAGGAAUCAGUUUGGGUGGAGAUAGCUGUGAUUGUCUUCAUGAUUCUGGUUGCUGUCGUGCUGCUGAACCUCUUGAUUGCGCAGUUGAACAUGGCCUACAAGCUGGCCCACGCAGAUAUGGAAGGGUAUGCAAGGCUGACACGUGCGGGUAUCAUCGUCACCACAGUGGAACAAGUCUCAAGAAAACGAUGGCGCAAGUUCCUCGAGAGUUUGAAUUUUGAGCAGCGCCUUGAGUUCAAUGAGGGCGACAUUGGUGUUGCAGGUGGAAUCCAAGUGUAUGAGCCUUCCAAUGAAAAUCCCACAACCGUGGACUCAGUGAGGCGUUUUGGUGGCUCAACAGCUCCCAAUAUGCCUUGGCCACAGGAUCCGUUGGCUGAAGAUCAGGGCAGUGAUCGUUUGGAAAAGUUAGAGAAGCUUGUUGUGAAAGCCAUGAAGAGCGUCACCGACAAAAAGGAUGGCAAAGGUUCUACAGGCAUCUCAUCCGCUUCAGGACAGCAAAACUCCUCCGGAGCUAGUACCAAGUCGCAAGACAAUAUUGAGUAGCGGAGGGGUCCUCGCAGCAAAAAAGUCAAGCUCAGGGCCAGUGGCCGACCGAAUGAUGGCGAAACGAUUAGCACCAUGAGUGUUGAAAUUCUGAAUAGAAGCGUCAGCAGGGACAGAAUGAAACAACGCAGACUCGGCCAAAGGCCAGCUCUGCCAUGCAAGCCUUCCAAAUUCAAAACCGUUUUAAACCCCCAAAUUCCACAAACACACUGGCCAAACUUGACGGUUGUAG